CCAAAACCCCUAGCAGUCCUGCCUGCCAGGAAGGGAGGGGUCUCCUUUCAGCAUCCGCUCUGCCUGUUGCCUCGUCUUCAUGUCUCAUCAGGGAGGAUCUUCUGAAUUUCCUGUAACAUUAAACCUGAGAUGUGGGGAGGACGCAGGCAGGGCCCGCCCCUUGGGACCCCCCCCCCUGAAUCCCACCCAGUUGCAGGCCCAGGGGUGAGAUCCCUUCUUGGCUGCAUCCAUCACUCUGUCAAGGCCGCCCUGGAGAGCAGAAGAGUGGCAGCUGCAGCCUCAGCCAAGCCCAAAAAACUUUGGCCGGACCGGGACGCCUGUGGGGGAAGCAGAUUGAUUCCUCAGGGCCAACUUCUUCACUUCUUUUGGAACAAGAAUCCCAAAAUGACCAUUAAAAUACGGCUCCUCGUUUUCCUCGUGGCCAUCUCCAUCUUUGCCAAGGAAGCAACCGCAGCACCAGCGGAGGAGGAGGAGGAAGAACUGGCCACAGCCCCUCUGGGAGCCAGCGAGGGUCCAGACUAUUCCGAGGUGCCCACUCUGGAACUGAUGACCACAGACAGCAUCUCGUCUUCCAGCGACCUUGGGGAGAACACAACGGACGCAGAGCCGCCCACAACCUCUGAGGAUCACCUGGAAACGGUCACCCUGGUUGGCAUCAUCCUGGGCACCGUUGCAGCUAUUGGAGUGGCCACGGGGAUCGUGAUUGCCCUCGCAAAGAAAAUGUCCGGCAGGUACUCGCCCUAAACCUCACUGAGGACGCUUCGUAAAGCCACUUUGAUUUCAGGGGAAACCUCUUGCAUUAGCCCGACUGGUCCGUGGGAGGAGAGACUGGAUGUAUGAUUAGCUGAUUAGAGAAGGAAGAACUUUGCACAGUCAAGCGCAUUGCCAAGGAAAAAGGAAAAAGACUGUUCAACAACAAAAACAACAACAAAAAGCCCAGCUGAUUAUCUUUUUGAUCCCGUGUACAGAUAAUACUCAAGUGACCCGUUACAGGACUCCUAGAGCCAGAUGGGCCCCCAGGCGCCACGUCCUCCUCUCGGUUCUCGCCGUUUGGAAUUGCUCUUCAACCCGUGUGCUGCCGUUUGGGCAAGAGACCGGAGUGCCUCUCAUACACACCUGGGAUGCACUUCAGCCACCUGGGCAUCCCGCCCUUCGAGAAUUUCAAACCCCAAAAAGACAAACCACCACUCCAAGUGUGGCCCUUGAUUCCAUUGCAUCUCUUUCUUGCCUAAAGAGGCCACUUUCUUCUCGAUUGCAAAAGAUCAGGGCUGGCCAGUUAUAGUGAGCUAGCAAGCUCCAGAUGUGACAGCUCCCAUAAAGCGAGAAGUGAACAUUUUGCUUACCCAGCAUUUGAGAUGGCCAAAAACUUGGGGGGAAGUACCAAUAGGCUCUCUUCACUGGCUCCUUUCUGCUGGGGAGCCCUGGUGCCACCCAAGUACCCCUUGUCACCUUUCCCAUAACAUUAAUUAGAAGAGGGCAGGGGUAUUUGGGAGGAUCUCGGUGAGACAAGGGAAAGAAGAAAAAAGCAAACUCUUUCCCUUCGGUGUGCAACUGUCCACUCUUCUGCCUCCAAUGCUUCUGAUUUUUCCCGUGUAGAAAGGGAGAUAAUUCUGCAUACCCAGAAUUGGCCCCUGUGUGCAUAAUUUGGUCCUCCCACUUAGUAGAAAUGCUCUAAGAGGAAGCCACCCUGGUCAGGCAAAAUGGUGGCUGUGUUGUGACCCAGGCCCAAGUAGGUGGUAGGAAACCCAGUCAGCGUAAAAGCAAACAAACUUUAUUAUAACAGCUGAGAAUUACUUCAUUCUCAGCAUAGUUCAACUAAAUUAAAGCAAAUUCCUCCCAACACAAAUUCCUCAAUCCUAUCACCAACCUUGGUCCAAUUAGGAAACUGCCAAAGGCCUUUCUUGGCAAAAGUUCAGAAGACACCGAUACAAAACAAAUGCAACAAGACGAAGCGAUCAACGUUUUCCAUCAAAGAGCCCAAACGCUGUUGCUGGUCUUUUAUUUAUUUUGCAUUUAUUUGCAUUUAUAUCCCACCCUUCUCUGAAGACUCAGGGCGGCUUACACUAUGUAAAGCAAUAAGCUUUAAGCCUUAUGGCUUAAAAUAAGCAAUAAGCUUUUAAGCCUUAUGGAAGGGGCCAAUCAUCUCUUGGCUCUACUCCUGAGUCAUCCUCUUUGUUUGAGCUGCUCUUGCCUUCUGGCAGCUCUUCUCAUGUGUGCAUUAGGAACAGGCUCCUCCUUUUCCUCUGCCUCACUACUGUCAGCCUCUGGAGUCCACACCUCACUCCCCGAUGGCCCUGGCCCCACCUCUGCCUUUGACGCAGAGCCCUCAUCCGGGCCUCUCCCAGCCUCCAGGACUGGCCCAUGUUCUUCCUCAACCUCAUCGCUGUCUGACUCCGUUGCCAGCUCCGCAGGCUGCUGGCGGACUACAACAGGCUGCUGCACGUCCAUGAAAAUGUAAUGAGCCAAACAGUGGGCGGCAAGUGGCAUAAAUCUCAAAUGUAUUUAGCCAGAUUGCAGCCUGCCUGUCCAAAGAGCAGCCAGCGGCCUCUGAGCACUCCUGGGCCCUCUGCUUUGGCCGCUAGACCCUUUGGGAUGCAUCCCCUUCCGAAUUCAAACCUGGGGAUAUAACCGGGUCCCAAACACCAGAUGGUAUUUUCUUAAGGAGUAUUUUAAGCAUUUUUUUUGUGACAGCAGACUCCAAGUGACAUUGAACAUGAAAACGAGAGUUACUGUGUGCCACCUUCCACUUAAGUCUGUGCACCUAUUUUCGUCCCCAUAAGUAAUGAAACGAGCGUUCAGCAAGACUGGGAAAUACAACACAGUCCCAACAGCCUCUAUUUCAGCCUAUUUGGCUGGCACCCAAUGUUACUGGGGGCGGGGGGAGGUUAUUUCCCCUCCCAUCUAAAGUCAAAACAGUCAACUGUAUGGAACACGUGCUGAAGAUCUGGGGCAGGAGGGGUGCCUUCUCUUAUAAUGAUAGUCCCCCCCCUUCCAAAAAAAGGCUCAAAUUUUGGGCUAUUAUUGAAAUAAUUUUUUGGGGGGGAAAUAAAACCUGUAGUAAAAUUGGAGAAGGGCAGCGUUGUCUUCUUUUUUAGG